UAGAACAACAACAACAAGAACGGAAAAAGGGGAAAAAUAAAACGGGAAAAUCGAACGGGAAACGGCGGUGGCGGUGGAACGGAAAAUGGCGACAAAGUCACGGUGCACCGAUCGUCGUCAUCCGAUCUAGAGUGCGUGGGUGCGUGGGGUGAACUAUCGGAAUCCGCUCGCUGCUGGGGUUGCUUGCUAGCGUUAAUCCUCUCCUUGCCAGUGAAGAUCGGACUGGGCGCACCCCGAAAGAAAAAGUGGACAUCGACAACCAUCAUCUUGCCGAUUUCAUCCCCUACAUCUGGCCUGUGCGGGAGACCCCGCGAUUCGCUCCCGAUUUGGCUACGGGCAACCUGUUUUUACCGUGAUUGGCAGGCUGCCCAAAGCAAAACUUUCCAAGAUAGCCACAGCCUGCUGCCUGCGACGGCUGCUGCUACCGUUUGGUCGAGUCGAAAGGAUAGAAACGGGUUUGUUGAUCAUCCGGGCUGCUGGGUUUCUACGGUGAAAUUAUGUGAUCGACCCAAGCGACCAACGCGGAUCGGAAAGCGAGAACCAACGAAACGAGUGGAAACGGUUUGUCCGGCGGCAGAGCCAGCAGUAUUAACGAGCAGUUCCUGUGGUUCCGGUGACCUACAUCGUCCAUUCACAGAAAUCCUCAAAAUGUCACGUGCCAAAUCUCGCAUUCAAACGGAUGUGUGCGGUGAUUGCGGCAGUACGGACCCAUCAUGGGCGUCCAUCAACCGAGGCAUACUGCUGUGCGCCGACUGUUGCUCCGUUCAUCGUAGCCUGGGGCGACACAUUUCUCAGGUGAAAUCACUCCGGCAAGGCAGCUGGCAGGCCUCGGUGCUUAGCUUCGUGAACCAGCUGAACGCACACGGUGCGAACAGUGUCUGGGAGCAUCUGUUGCUCGAUUCGCUGGCACCGAAGAAUCUGAAGCGCAGCAAACCCUCCCCGAAGGAUGCGGUCCAUCCGACGAAGGCGGACUUUAUCCGGGCCAAACAUGUGCAGCUGGCGUACGUGCUUAAGCCCAACUUUCAGGUCGAGGAAGGCAGCAGUCUCGAGGUGGAGCUUAGCAAACAGCUGCAUGCCAGUGUACGGGCGAGCAAUCUGGAAACGUCACUCCGUCUGCUGGUGCAGGGUGCCGAUCCGAGUUUCUACCACGAGGACAAGGGCUCCACGCCACUGCACGUUGCCGUCAAAUCGGGCCAGCUUUCACAGAUCGAACUACUGCUGGUGUACGGUGCCGAUGUAAAUGCUAUGGAUGCACAAAACCGUACGCCGUACGAAUUGGCACGCCAUGCCAAACAGCCAGUAAUCGCGGACCGUCUGCUGGAAGCCAUGUACGAGGUGACGGACCGUUUAACUCUCUUUCUAACGGGCAAAAAACCCAACCAUGCGGCCGGACAACACCUACUGCUUCCGGAUCAAUCGAAGAAAGAGAUGAGCGAGCAGCUCAAGAUCGCCCGCGGUAAACUGCAGCUAGUACCGAACCGUAUGUUCGAGGAGCUCGUUAUGGAUCUGUACGACGAGGUGGAUCGCCGUGAAACGGAAGCAAUCUGGGCCACGAGUGCCCUAAACCCGGAGUCCGGUGCCGUCCCCUUUCUACCGACGAAUCCACAUCUUAGUGCCACACGGAACCAGGGACGGCAAAAGUUGGCCCGCUUCAGUCAGCCCGAGUUUGCGGGAUUGCUGAUGGAUGUGCUGCUCGAUGCUCACCGGCGCCAGAACAUGGCAAAUCUGCGGCCGAUCGAUGGUCCCCAGGUACCGUCCGGGCUGGCCGUUAGUGGGUUGAAGAUGGCCGAAGCAGCAGCCCGGGAAUCCAAUCUGUCCGACGAUGAACCACUGUACGAUGCCGUCGCCUCGGAUGAUGACUAUGCGGCGCUCGCUCCGGUGGCGCAACAGGCUCCAGUGAACAAAUCGUCCCCGGUAGCGAUCUCGAACGUCGAGGUGGUCACACUACGCCAGCGGAUACAGGACCAGGAGCUAACGAUCAAUGAGCUACGGGCCGUCAUCCAGAAGCUGGCAUCGGAAAACAGUCAACUCAAAUCGCACAUCGAUUCCAAGGAACACGAAGUGCAGCUGCGCAUCGAUAACUACUUGAACGGUAGUGAGACUGCAGUGAUCAGCAACAACCAACAUCACCACCAGUCGGAUGCACCGCAAAGCGCAGCUGCCUCACCCCCACCGGCAGCUGUGGCCGGCGGUGCUGGCAGCUAUACCAAGUGCCGGCCGGUCAGCAUGUACGAAACGCGGCAAGCACCACGCGACGAAAGCCGACCACCGAUUACACAAAGUCUCUACUCGAUGACACCGGCCAACGGUGGAAACGAGAACGGUCAACCGGGCAUGCCACUGACAACGACGGCCAGCGGUCAACCGUUACCCUCCUUCGACGAGGUACAACGCCGCACGGAUGUUGUGGUACGGCGUAUUAAGGAACUGUUUGCCGCCAUGAAGGAUCCAUCGCAGCGCGAAGCGUUCGUACCGUGCGCCGAGCGGAUACGGUUGGCCGUCGUAGAAUUGAUGAACCUUUUUCCGGGUACCCUCAUCGCCAGUGAAUCGUUACGUGGUGCCUUGCAGCAGCUCAACUACAACGCCAACCUAAUACAGGCCGAGUGUGCACGCUUGCAGCAGUCACUGGCACUGGAGCAUCACAGCACGGCCACCGGAACGAACGGCAGUGCUAGUGGCGGUAGUGCCGUUGUUAGCGAAGGAAUCGAACAAAACAUGGAACAAGUACGGGGCUGUGCCUACGAGCUGGCGAUGUCGACCAAAAUCCUCAUCACGCAUCUGCAGCAAUCGUAGACACGCAACUGGCCUCUCCUGGCUAACUCCCCCUGGUUGCUUUUAACAAAAAAAAACCGGAAGUAAACCUGCUCUCCGGGGUACAGUAUUGACGCAGCACAUCGAAUCGCAGAAUGACCGAGAUCGCGAGAGUGAGAUCGAUCGGAGGCAACUUUUUUUUAAAUUAAUAUAAUAAUUAUAUUUUUUUCAACGAACCCCCCUCUUUUUGGAAGAAGAACUCCCCCUUCUUUCAGCGCAAUAUCAUGAACCUAUCAUCUAUUAACAACCAUCCCUACGGUGGGGAAGGCGAUCCCCACUUUAUAAAGUAACUAUUAAACGUGCCAAAAUCAAACCGCGCAAGCUAUUAGAGUAGGAAAGAGCAUAAACGAAUAUACAAACUUAUUCUAUCGAUACAUAUAUACACACAAGACACCAGAAGGAUAUGAUAUUCAUCUUGCCACUCCUCCCUGUGACGUUGGUACGAAGGGCACCGCGUAGCUUUAAGAGGUUGUUUACGGAUUGCAGCUAACCAGUUUUCUACUCCACAAACGAUUGUCGCUAACUAAAGACCCCCCCCCCUCACCUUCCCAGUGUUUUUGGGCAGAAGUUUGUCAUUGAUUUUAACCACCAUUUUUAACGGCCACUCCUCUACACGGCAGCCUUUGAGCAGAGCGACAAUAAUCAUCAAUCGAGUUAUUUAUCUAAUAGAUUUCUUUUUGUACUUUUUAAUCUGCAAAACAUUAACAAAAAGAUAGUUACAAAAUAAAAUCAAAAUCCUCUGCACUCUGCCCACCUACUAGGUGCGUGUCUCUUUUGAACCACCUGGUGGUAUAGUGUAGCGGGGGGGAAUUGUAUAACG